GUUGAAUCUUAGAUCAAAUGUUACAGCCUCCUUUUUAUUUUCUUCCAAUCACACGCGAAAUAUUGGUUGCGUGUAAGUUCUAUCUUCCGAAUGAAAGUGUGCAUGACCUCGUCACAACCAGUACAACCGGGUGCGCAAGGGAGUGUUGCCAUUGUUGGGAACCACUACCAGGUUGGGAAGAAGAUUGGUGAAGGGUCUUUCGGUGUCGUCUUCGAGGGUACAAAUCUCCUCAAUGGACAUAUAGUCGCUAUCAAAUUCGAACCUCGCAAGUCUGAUGCCCCACAACUACGGGAUGAGUAUCGGUCCUAUAGGAUAUUGCAGGGAUGUUCAGGCAUACCUCAAGCAUACUAUUAUGGCACCGAAGGUCUUCACAAUGUCCUCUGUAUUGAUCUCCUCGGUCCAAAUUUGGAAGACCUUCGUUCGCUGUUCGCUGACCCCGCACCACAGAUCGAAAGGGUCCAAUGUAUCCACGAAAAGAACCUCAUUUACAGGUCAGCAAGCGAUCCUCAACUCCCACUUCCUCGCCUGACAUGCACUCGAACAGACAACUUCCUCAUUGGACUGCCGGGCACCGACAAGUCUGACAUGAUCUAUAUGGUUGAUUUUGGAAUGGCGAAACUUUGGCGUGAUCCACGAACAAGACAGCAUAUUCCAUACAGGGAACGCAAAAGCCUUAGCGGCACUGCCCGGUACAUGAGUGUUAACACUCAUCUUGGGCGGGAACAAUCGCGACGUGAUGACCUUGAGGGUCUAGGACAUGUUUUUAUGUAUUUCUUACGAGGAUCGCUCCCAUGGCAGGGUCUCAAAGCCGCUAACAACAAACAAAAGUAUGAACGCAUCGGGGAAAAGAAACAGAGCGUCCCCAUUGCAGAUCUCUGCGAUGGUUAUCCAGAGGAAUUUGCUAUUUAUUUGAACUACGUUCGGAAACUCGGGUUCGAGGAAACUCCAGACUAUGAGUUCUUAAGGGAGCUUUUCGCCAAAGUGCUGCGGGCCGCUGGCGAGGUUGAUGACUCGAUGUUCGACUGGAAAUUGCUAAAUAACAAACAAGGCUGGCAAGCGAGCUCUAAACUACCAUCGAGCCUCGUUCCACCAUUGCAACACAGUAUCGUUCACCGUACACGGGAUGGCGCCACGAAUACAAGACAACGGUCAUCUGGGAUGCAAGCUGCGAAUGGCACGAAUGCUGCCAUGACACCCCCCUCACCCGCUGCCAUCAAUCGUCAUGUCUCCAAGCAACGGAAGCACAACUCUGCCGGCCCAACUGCCGGCAAUGUACCUGGUACUCCAGGUUCUACUGGUUUACUCGUUGGGAGUGCGCGUGCUUCGAGGGCUAUCUCACCACUGCAGACGCAGACGCAACCUUCGGGUGCUGUCGGCAAUCCCCUUCUAUUGACAUCAUCCACUGGGGGCCAACCAGCAACGGGCACACCACAUCAGCCCCACCCAUAUGCAGCUGCCACAGGGAUGCAGUCGUAUGGCGGUCGCCAAGGAGGUCCGAACGCUCCGGAGCGGGACCAAUCGUUCGGUCCUUCGACGCCUGUUCAAGGGCUCAAUGCUUUUGGGACAACACCUGGUGCGCGUAACUCAGGGGGAUUGGUUCCCGUGCAGUCUAAUAUGAACAACGCGGGGCCUCGGAUGGGCGGCGCUAACGGUCCCUAUACAUCCACGGCCCAGAUGAAUGGGAAUCUGCCCAACGGAGGGCAGGAAAGGGAUCUACCAGCCCCACCGAGAAGGAACGCGUUUUUGGACAUUCUCAGGUGUCGGUGCGGGUAAUCGUGUGAACAGCUUGACCAUAAGGUGGUAAGUACCCUUUAACGAUUUGGAAUGUCGUCUUCAUGAUGGGAAUAGGAGCAGCGUCUCGUAUUGAGAGCCAACCUCCAGUUUUACAAUUGGACCGAGGACUAAUCCAAAAAUCUUUGUCACCCACGAUUGUCACCAUGCUCCCUAACUAUGCUCUAUCCCUCAUUCUGCACCACUAACAUUGUACUCUCUCCCCCUUUUCACUCUCCUUCACACAUUCCGGUCUCAAGGAUUAUUUCAGACCCGCUAAUCGGUAAUUCCUCCUCGCUCUUCUU